AUGGACUUCAUAGAGACUGCUCAAUAUAACACGCCUGCUUCUUCCGUCGCUGCAGGAAGCUCAAGUCAAGCAUCACUUCCUCCUCCCUGGCGCCGGUAUCAGCACCCGAACGGCGACAUCUAUUUCCACCACCGCGAGCACCGUCUAAUAACGCCAGACAACAUCUACGACCCCGAAAUCCUCGAGUAUAUUCUUGAAGCGCGCGAGGAUCACCUCCAGUGCCUUGCAGGAGACCCAGGCUCCUCGCGUCUCCCGUCAGACUAUGAAUUGGUGAUCUCGGAGGUUAGCGACACAGCUGCGACGAUUAGAAUGUACUCGAGGGGGGCGACGGAGGCGUAUACUUGGACGGAGGAGAACGGCCUGGUCACGAAGUCGAGAGAGCACUUCUGGUCCCAUGUCGCUGAGUACCCCUCGCACCAUCCUCAGCUUCCGCCCAACACGGAGGCAGAGUUUGCACGAGCCCUCGAGAACGCCAAGCAAGCGAUCGCUGACGGCGCAGUCUUUCCUUUCACUGAACGCCAGAUCGACCAGAUCAUUGCUCGAUACGAGAACUUGACAGCCCUUCGCUCGCAAGGCAGGAACACGACCCCGUCUCUGGCUUGGCUCAUCGGUGCUGUUAUGCCCCUCGACGCGGUUGGAAGACGGGUCAACGACGAUAACCUCCAAGCUAUGAUCAACGGCGUCCAGUAA